AUGUUUCGCUUCUCCCAUCCCAACUCCACAGAUGCUUUCGUCGCUAUCGCCGUUGGUUACGCCGACCAACCGAUCGACCAUUUCAAUGAUAUAUCAAUUUCCUCUUCCUCUUCAUCACCACCACCACUACCACCACCAUCACCAUCACCAUCAUCACCACCAGCAACAGCAACAGCAACAGCAACAGCAACAGCUCAUGACAGCGUUUUCAACCCAUUGCUCAAAAAUUGUUUCCAACAAAAGAAAGCGGAAAAUUCCGCCUAA